UUUUUCUGGAAGAUACCGAAUGAACUAACGCUCGGUGCGUCACGCGCGACUCCACCUUAUUGUCGGCCAACAUUUCGUGGUUUUUGUUCAGUUGCAGCACUCAAAACACCGGAUUGUUGCUGAACCCUGCCAUGCUGAAUCGUGUGACGUGUGCUCCGGUCUGCCACACCGCGGCUCCACCUGUCCGGAACCUCACCCCGUUGGCGCCGGUGGAGCGCGGCCUUCUGCAUCAUUCUUCCAUCAGCGCCAUCCCGACCAAAGCUCAUUAUCGCUUUUUCGGACGUACGACCAAGUGAGAUCUACAGCUCUUCACUACCACAACCACGCAUCACAACACAACAAACAGAAGCCAUGCAGCCCAUUGGAAACGGAAGUCCUUCAGGCCCCGACUUCGAGAGUUUCUCGCUGGCCGACGCGGAGUUAACGUCCAAGAUUGAGGCGUACCUGGCCGGCAUCACCGUGACGGAUCGUAAUCCGGCCAUCCUCUUCAGCUGGGACAACGAAGCGCUUGAGGAAUUCGUGCAGGCGGCAAACGCAGAGGCGGAUGGUCACCCGCAAUGGUUCUCCCAGCCGCGAGGCAGUGUAUCGCCCAAGUCCGUCAUGAGCGACAUCAUCAGCUACCUCGCCCAGCUCGGCGGAGGACGGUGCGAUCAUGUGCUGCUGGCACCCAACUCGCUCAUUCAGUAUGGACACUUACAAGAGCGGCUCCAAUACAUGCAGUACGACGAGUUCAUGCAGAAGUGCAUGGCCAGAGUGACGCCCGGCAGGAUUCUCGCGCGCACCUUCGCGCUGAUCGUGCCGUCUAUCCAUCGUGCUGUGCCCGCUGAAUGCCUACUGCCCCCGCCUCCGGUCCGACAGCUCUUUGAGUAAUUGACAGCAUUCGUUUCGUCCAUCCCCCAGCGGUUAGUUAGAGUUUUGUUUUGCUUGCUUGUCACUUUACAUUGCCUUGUCGCCGAGUUCCAUCGAACUCUACGACGUCAAGGAUGUGAUACACGGCACAGCAAGGUAUUUCGACGGGGAUACACCAAGCCAUGUCGUUACGGACAAGACUGCCAGUGCUGCAUUUACGACUGUCCAAGCUUUACAGACCACACAGCUCGGCCAAGGCAAGUCAGCCAAACCAGGGUCGCCAAAGCAAGUCCACCAGUCCAGCCAUCACCGCGUCAUACCGAAAUAAAGGUAGUGCAACAGGUGCUAAUGAACAUGCCACCUCCAGUCUUGUUACCUUGAAUCUACAGUUUAAUAUAAGAAAGCGAUGGACCUUGUUGCCACGUACUUUGAGCUGGA